AUGUUUCAUCUGUGUGAGAGAAUUGCAACCACUGACAAGAAAGCUGAGUUGAUGGAGUGGCGCCAAACCUCCUCUGUUAUCACUCAACCUGAAAUCUAUGGAAGAGAGGAAGAUAAGGAACGUGUUGUGCAAGCUUUGAUUCAGACUUGUGAUACUGAGCGUGCCGCGGUGCAUACUAUAGUUGGUCUUGGUGGUCUCGGAAAAACAACACUUGCUCAGCUGGUCUUCAAUGAUGACAGGAUAAAGAAGCAUUUUGACUUGAAGAUUUGGGUUUGUGUCUCUGAGGACUUCAGUCUCAAGAGAAUGAUCAAGGCUAUUUUGGAUUCGGCUUCAGUGAGUGUUAGCGCUUUGCCACAAGAUGAAAACUCUAUCUUACCUGCUCUGAGAUUAAGCUACUUGAACUUGCCAUUAAAAUCAAGGCAGUGUUUUUCUUUUUGUGCUAUUUUCCCUAAAGAUGCUGAGAUUGAAAAGGAUGAACUUGUUCAUCUCUGGAUGGCAAAUGGCUUCGUCUCAUCUGAAGGAACAAUGACAGUUGAAGAUGUAGCUGAGGAGAUAAUUAGUGAACUAUGCUGGGCAUCAUUUUUUCAAGACAUUGAAAAAGAUUAUCUUGGCAAAGUUAGGUGCUUCAAAAUACAUGAUCUACUUCAUGACCUCGCUCAAUAUGUUAUGGGUGAUGUGUGUUGCACUGUAAAUGAUGAGAUGCCCAUUGAACAUCCAAAAAGAAUUCGCCAUCUCACGAUGGGGCCAUGUGCUCGGAACCAAAUCAUUUCUGCUUGCACAUUUAGAUCCUUAAGGACAUUUCACUUCCGACAGACAAAUUGUGCUUUGGCUUCAACGAAGAUAUUGGGACCACUUGAAUCUUUGCGAGCACUUGAUUUGGGGUAUGUAAAUUUAUUGUCGAAGCCUCCGGCGGUUGCCCGCCAUCUGAAAUACCUAAAAGCUCUUCGACAUCUCUACUUAAGGGGGUGCAGUUCGUUGGUUUACAUGCCUAAUGAGAUUGGCCAGUUGAAUUCUUUGAGAACCUUGAAUAUUUACAUAGUAGGUAAGAAGAAAGGGCUAAGGUUAGAUGAAUUAGCACAAUUAUGCCUCAGAGGGGAACUCCACAUUAAGAACCUGGAAAGAGUAACAAAUGCAGCAGAUGCCAAGGAAGCCAAUUUAAUGGGUAAGCAGCUAGACGUGUUGAAAUUGUCAUGGGGAAGAAAUGAGCAAUCUAAGUUGCUGCAAAAUGUUGAUCAGAUUCUCGAAGCCCUGGAACCUCAUCCAAAGCUCAUAAAUUUAGGGGUGGGAGGAUACCAAGGUAUGUAUUUCCCACAAUGGAUGGGCAAUCCUCACUUGAAGAAUUUGUGUUCCAUAAAACUUGUGGAUUGCUGGUAUAGUCAACAACUCCCCCUACUGGGGAGAUUACCAUCUCUAAAAAUACUUGCAAUAUGUUGUAUGCAUAAUUUGAGAUAUGUUGAUGAUGAAUCUUAUGAUGGGGGAGUAGCCAGAGGAUUCCAGUCUCUAAUGUGUUUGGAAUUGUGUUGCAUGCCAAACUUGGAAGGGUUAUCAAAAGAGGAAGGAGGUGACAUGUUCCCAUGUCUUUCCGAAAUGAAUGUUAUUGCAUGUCCAAGAUUGACAUUCCCUGCCCUUCCAUCUGUUAGAAAAUUAUGUAUAGCAAAAGCACGGAGGAGAUCUGGUCAUGAUUUAUUCUCUAGAGAGAUCUUAUUAUCUCAAUGCCCUUCUAAAACAAGGAGCCCCAACCAAGUUCAGAUGGAUUCGAUUCAUGGUCUCGGUUGUCUCGAAAUCCUUGAAAUUCAUGAUGAUCAAGAGUUGGCUUCGUUUCCAAAGGGGACCCUUCAAGGUCUAUGUCGCCUCAGACAACUCCAUAUUCAUCACCAGAGCAAAAUGGAAGUACUUCCACUUGAACUAGCUAACAACGCUGCCCUUCAAGAAUUGCAUAUAAUUGGAUGCCACAACUUGGAGUCAUUAACAGAUCAAGUGUUAACUGGGUUACAGUCGAUCGAAAAACUAAAAAUUUUCGAAUGUGAUAAAUUCAAAGGCUUAUCCACAGGUUUUCAAAGUCUUAGUUCCCUCAAGGAUCUAAUCAUUUCCUUCUGUCCACAAAUGGUAGCAUUAGCAGAAGAUUUACAACACAUGCCCCCCAUGUUGCAAUCAAUAACUCUUCAUGAGCUCAAAAAUCUAGAAUGUUUACCUUAUUGUUGGGGUAGUACCAUGACUCUUCAGUCACUAUACAUAGCCUGUUGCCCCAAGUUGAAGUCUCUUCCAAUAAGCGUUGGAUGGUUCAAUGGUCUAAACAGUUUGACAGUUGUACAUUGUCCUAGCAUACAGAAACAAUUCGAGAAGGAAACAGGGAAGGAUUGGAAAUGGAUUAAGCACAUUCCAAAUGUUGAUCUUGGAGAAAAUUGUUGGGUGAUUCCCACUAUAGCAGCGAGUUACCCAGAUCUGACUUUCUCCGGUACAGCUCAAAACUACAUUAUUGAUUGA